AUGGCGGAUGAAGAGGAACAAGAUUCGACAGAGUCUUUGGAUGAGAAGAGUGACGACGAGGAGGAACCAUCAGCUAGAAAUGCACGAAAAUGUUCCUGGCUUUCACAAUCAAUACUCAAGAAAGAGAAUAAAGCCAGAGUGAAACAGAUUUCAAAAAUUCUAAAGAAACUGGAAUCAGAAAAAACAGUAGACGAUUUACAGGUCCUGGCUAACUCACCUGAAAUAACAAAAAGAUUAACUAAACAGGCCUUACGCAGAGAUGCAAUGAAGACAAGAACAUUAGAGAUAAAAGACCCAGAAGAAGUAUUACAAAAGAAAUGUGAACAGCUAGCUGAUGCAAUCAAAGAAUCCAGGAAUAUUGUCAUAUAUACUGGGGCAGGCAUAAGUACUGCUGCAUCGAUACCUGACUACAGAGGACCAAAUGGUGUGUGGACGCUGCUUCUGAAGGGACAGCAACCUAUAGCCCAGGAUCUAAGUGAUGCAGAGCCGACUGUGACACAUAUGUGUAUAACCGAACUAGAGAAGGAAGGCCAUGUAAGCCAUGUCGUGUCUCAGAACUGUGAUGGUCUUCAUCUCAGAAGCAGUUUUCCUCGGAGGAAGUUGUCGGAGGUCCAUGGUAACAUGUACAUUGAGCUUUGCAACAACUGUAAGCCACCACGAGAGUAUAUACGCUUGUUUGAUGUAACUGAGAAAACUGGUGUGCGCCGACAUGGUACUGACCGUAAUUGUCACAGUUGUAAGAAACCUCUUAGAGACACCAUUGUACAUUUUGGAGAGAAAGGUGGAGUGAAGUCACCUUACAGAUGGAAGGAAGCAGGCAAGGCAGCUGAGAAUUGUGAUCUGAUCCUGUGUCUGGGAACUAGUCUAAAGAUUUUGAAAAUGUAUGCCUGUUUAUGGUGUAUGGACAGAAGACCAAACCGGCGCCCCAAACUCUACAUUGUCAAUCUUCAGUGGACUCCUAAAGAUGAUUCUGCUACUCUGAAAAUUAAUGGUUGUUGUGAUGAUGUGAUGAAGCGAGUGAUGGAUAGGUUUGGAUACACUAUACCUACCUAUUCCAGGAAUACAGAUCCAAUAUUUAGACAUGCCACUCCUUUGAAACAUCAUGAACUGAAGAAUGUGAACAAAAAGAUUCUUGAAGUCCCUACAAAUUAUGCCAGAAGACGAAGAACUGUAACUAGGAAGAAACAGUGUAUCACGAAAAAGGUGAAUACAGAUAACAGUCAGUUAUCAGUCGCUACAGAGGAUGCGAAAGUAAUGUCAGGAGUUAUCUCCCCUUUGAACAGAAUUGAGAAGAAAGAGUGUGCAGCUGAAGAACAAUUCAGUGAUAUUAAGUCAAGACUACAUAUGCCAAUGAAGACACUUACCUCCAAUAGUCUUCCAUGCACCGUAUCAAGUCAGUCACAAGAGUCAGUGUCUUUUCCGUUAGAUUUGUCCAUGUCGGGUCCAUCUAUCAGGACAUGGAAGUUAGACCAAGCUGGAGAAUUUGUCAGUGAAAGUAGUCUUCAACAGCGUGAACUGGCUGAUCCAUGUCCAAAAUGUGCUGCCAUUCAAACAGUAGGAUCAUUAUGUAUUUGUUCUCCAGUGCCAAGACUGAACCUACCACCUCAGGGUAUACCAAUACACUAUAUGUCUUACGUACAGAUGCUGGGCAAUCCCAGAUUCAUGCAAUUAUCCCCACUCCAUCCCAACUUAUGGCCAGUUCCAUUGAUCCCCCAAGUCUUUCAGCCCAGUAACAAGAUUGACAAUGUGCUCAAAGACCACUGCUACCUCAACAAGGAUCAGAUGCAAAAAUUAUCCCCAAAAAGUGAAGGAACAACAAAGAAAGGCAGUUCAUCGACAAGUUCCAUCAAUUCUCCUGUGAGAAGGGAGACAAACUUUGACGAAAAACAACCCUCCAACAAUGCAAGUGCUUCCCAAUCACACCCUGGCGAGGUGAUGUCUGGCUUUCCUGAACAGUCGUCAGAAGUGGGAGAUAAUAGGUUACUACAAAUAUCACAGAAUGAAGGUGAUUCCACUUGUUCGGCAAAGGCCCGUCACAAGCGCCACAAUACCUAUCAGGAAACCACUGUAGACAACGAGGAUACGACAGACAUAACCGAUACAACCUCAUCUUCAAAGAAACCUAAAAUGUGCCGCAGCCUUUCAGUACCGGGCUGGUUCGGGAAAGGAUUAAAGAUAGGGAAAAAGAAACGAUGACAAUCAGCUGUCAUUCAGGGAAAUAGAUAAAGCCUUUUUUAUUUAAUUUUUAUUCUCUGUGAUAUAAUUGAUUACUCAGGUAUUAAUUUAAAUGUUUUCAUUUUGAGAUUAAGUGCAAAAAUUCAUCAAAUUGCGUAAACGAAGAUCCCAUUAACUUUCUAUACACUUUCUGGCUUAGAAGUGUGUGUUUGAUCCGGUUUAAUUUGAACAUA